GGCACAAGACCACAUUUUUUUUCUUGCUCACAAUUUAUUACAUGACAUCCCUCUUUUAACACAACUGUUUUUGCCCCAGAAGAGAAAGCACAGAUGAAGGGACAAGAUCCCUCGCUCUCUUCAUCUUCCCGGCGAGAAAGCUCUCCGGCACCCGAGAAAAUUCGUUCAAAGAGCAUCGGGUGUAUGUCUGGCAUUUUCCAAGUAGUUUACAAGUACCACAAUCGCCGUAGAUUCCUCACUUUUGGGAAAAAGCAUGAAAGAAAUGGAGUUUCUUCACCAACAACAAAAACAAAGCAAAAACCAAGACCAACACCAUCACAACCUUCUUCUUCACCAUCUUCUUCUUCCACUUCAUUACAACAAGAAAACAAAGAUUCCCCAAGAUUCUCGUGUGAUAUAGUACCAAGAAGCCCAACAUUGCCAGCAGAAAUAAGGCGUUCAAAAUCCUUGAACUCCCCUGAACGUUUCCGGGCUCCACCAGCCCUGGUGGCAAGACUAAUGGGGCUGAGUGAUAUUCCACCAUUGACAACCUCCGAAUUGGCCGUGGCCGAGAAGAGAAGGAGGCUGCUAGGUGCACUGGAAAAAUGUGAUGAAGACUUAAAAGCACUAAAGAAAAUAAUCGAUGUAGUGAAGAGCAGUGUAGCUGGCACUGGUAAUGAUGCUGAUGAUGAGGGAAGACCAGAGAAAGGUCAAGACCAUCCAUUGUUGCAGCAACCUAGCCCUGUGUCUGUGCUUGAUGAGUUCACGCCUUCAGCUUUCAGUGGAUUCUCGAAACGUUACACCAUUAAUGGAAGAGUGCCGCAGCAACAGAAGAAGAAGCCAGGAGGAGAAGAGGGCAUCACCAACAUUAGCUUCUUCGACAGGAUCAUGAGCUAUGAGAAUAUGGUCCAUGGAAAGGGCCAUGAGAGAGUAGUUUCAUCGCCUUUAUGGACAAGCAAGGCCAUGAUAGAGAGUGUAAAUGAGGUGUGCAAGGAUAUUGCUUGGGGUGAGAGAAGGGAAAUUGGAAGAAUAGGGAUGGCUUUGCAAGAUUAUAUAUGCAGGGACUUGAUUGAAGAGAUUGUUAAAGAAAUGGGAUUUGACUGCAUUUAUCAACUAGGUCCUCUACCGUUUGAAUCGUGUAAGAAAAGACUACGUUUCUAGUGCCCUUAGGCCCCCCUUACCAUAGUUUUUGCACUGACCACAGCCUCCGUUCAAAAUAAUUUUUUUCUUCGUUUGGUGCUAUUUCUAAGUUUUUUUUUUUUUUUUUUCCUUUAGAAGUGUGUUGUUUCUUGUUUGAUGUAAUCUAGAAUUAUUUUUUUCUUUUUAUAAUAUCGUGUAAUUUGUGAUAGCAUAAAAAAAAAUGAAUGAAAGUGUUAAAUUAAAAGAAUUA